CAUAAGGGAGGGGCAGAAAUAGAGAUGGGAGCAUUAGAGGAUGUAAUGGGUCUAAGCGAAAUGCCCCGCUUUGCUUCUUCUAUUCAAGUCUGAUACAUGGCAGUGCAUUUUGCAUUCUGAAGCUGUCUAGCCAGUGUGGCACUGCCAGUCUGAGCUGUGUGGAGCUGCUCAUUCCUAGAUUCAGCUGUGGAUUUUGAGAGACAGUUCGCUGGAUGAGGGGCAGAUAUUGCAACACAGAGGAACUCAAUGCCCUUGGGAAAGCCUCAUCAUUGGCCAAAGUCCAGGAACAGAGCCCAGAACACACUAGAGGAGCAGACUGGACUGGCCAAAGUGAGAAUUUGGAGCUUGUGGACGAGCAAUGGACAGCUGGACUCUCCAGGGGGACAGCUACUCCUUCCUGCGCAGUGCGCCCCGCACCUUUGCCCUGUGCCAUCGUGACGGCACCCCGAACCACGUUGAAAUCUUCGACAUCAUCAACGUACCUAGUCAGCGCAGUGCAAUUUCCGAAACUACCUGCCUGUGUGACAUUUUUGGAGACGACUGUGAGUCACCCUCCCUCCCAAGAAGCCCUGCUGUAGCGGCUUUUGUCCCUUCCCAGAGGGAGGUGGAUGGGACAGCUGCUGCAUCACCCCUGGUUGAUGAUCUGAACGACUCCUCAGGCUCUUACCACACUGCACAGGGCUCCAGUGAAGGAGAGGAGGGCUUUGAAGAUUCAGGAGAAAGGGUUUACAGCCCCCCCUUGCAGAGUGAGUCUUCAGAGAGGCCUGAGGGCGAGGGACAGAGCUCAGGGCAUCAAGAAGUUUCUGAGGACAGUAGCCCCAAUUUAGAACCAAAAAGUAAAUCACCUGAGACUCAGCUUAGUAGGGCUCACAGCCCGUCAUCUGAAAUUCUCAACACUGGUGAGAGGACCCCCUCUCUUGGAAAUAACAGCCCCUAUAACCUGAGUCCAGAGGGGAGAAGGUCAUCCUUAUCUUAUUCCUCAGUUGAAAAAAGAUGUUCACCAUCGCCACCUAAUCCCAGACAAGUGCAUUCAGAAGCUGAUCCAAGGAGAAUUGCUUCUACUGUCAAAGAUAGAUUCAACAGCCCUUCACAUCAGUCUUUAACUCCAAGUCCCUCCUCUGAACCUAGGAACUGUGUCAGCUCAUGCUCUUCUGAAUCAGUGAACACCCACGCUUUGCCUGAAUUCAGGGUAGCACAAAUCUCACCUGAGGCAAGGAGCAGCGACUUUAAUCAACACAGCAGUCCCUCACCUGAGCCCACAUCCAAAGAUUUUUUUCUAGAUUUGACAGAAUCAGCCUUUGAAUCUAGAGCCCUCUGUUCAUCUCCUUUACCUUCAUCCAGUAGUACAGAUUUAUCCCAGUCAAGAGAAACACUGGUCUCUCCUGAGCUGAAGAAUAGGUCCUACUCCCCUGAUACUCAAGCACCAUCUCCUUUUCCUGAGCUAAGAAGGAGAGUCUCCCUGCCUGAUCUCUUCAGCAGAGGCUUCACACCUGAUAUUGAAAAUUCUACCCACACCCCUGAGCUGUUUUCAGAUUUUUGCACUGCAGGAAGGGACACCACAACUACUCCUGAGAGCCAAGAUACCAGCUUAUCAGUUGAACCGGUCAGCACUGUGUCUACACCUGGCCCACGAUACACUCCUCCCUCACCUGCAAUAGCAACAUCUCCUGAGCUUGCGUGGAGUAGUGUCUCACCUGAAUUAAGUCACACAGCUCCUUCACCUGGCCUGCUCAGUGCUGUUUCUCCAGCUAAAACUGGGACAAGAACUCCCUCUCCUGACCCCUUACGUAAAAUAAGACAUAUUUCAACUCCUUCUGAAAUCGGGACCCAGGUGUCUACAUCUGAGGUAAGUUAUAGUUUAUCUCCAUCACCUGAAGUUACGAGCAACGGCUUUCUCAUCGAGCACAGAUAUACUGCUCCCUCACCCGAAAUCAGGAUUACAGCCUCCUCACCUGAGGUCAGUAGGAGAGAGCAGCCUUCUGAGGUGGAGACAUCAGCCUCGCCUCUGUUAGAGCCUCACUUUGACUCUGCCUCAUCAAGAAGCCUCACUUCGUCCCCUCAUAUCACAGGGAUUUCUUACUCUGUUGUUCAGCCUGAGGACAGGGGCACUCCCCCAUUUCCUGAGCUCUUACGUCUCUCCACCCCUGAGCCUAAUAGGACACGUGUGUCCCCUGAGGCAAGGAGCCCUGCCCCAAGCACAGACAGUAUACAGAGCAGUAUAGCAGAGUCCACUGGUACACCACGAGACUCACCUCAUAUUUUAGGCUUAACAAGCUCUGUCCUGCAGCCUGAAAUAAUUCAGUCACAUCAACCUAGGUACAAAACACCUUCACCUCAGCCACAGCAUUACACUCCCUCACCUGAACCAAGAUAUCAAACCCCUUCAUCUGACCAGUAUCAAAGUCCCUCACCUCAGCACAGAGGUAAAGAGCCAUCACCUGUUGCCUCAACUCCUGAGCAGAGGUGUCAUCAGCAUUCACCAGCAAAACUCUCUACAGAGCACAACCCUCAGUAUACACAGUCUACUCCUUCUGUAAGAAAUACACCCGAGGUUGAAGUGGAUUCAUCUUCAGGUGACAUUACAGAAACAAAGUACCCCACACAUUUGGCUAAAGAGAGUGUGUCACCCUCAUUUGAAUCAGACAGGGGAGACAAAUCAGUUGUAACUGAAAUCAAAAGCAGAUCACCAGUGGUGGUAGUUCAUUCAACUAAAUCUACUUCACCUUACUUAGCAGAGGAAAAAGUAGACAGUUCAUUGAAACAACAAAGCACAGAGAGGGAAGCAACACCAAACCUUCAGGAUAACUCAAGUGUAGCCUCCUUGUCUGAGGAAAAACAAGCAAUUGGCCCAACCAUUUUUCAGAAAGAAGACACUUAUAAGAAUCCCCCCAUUGGAAUCAAGUCUCCUUCUCCUAAUCGUCUAGUCUCUAAAGACAGAAGUCCAUCCAACUCCGCUGUGCAGAGACCGGAAAACCCACAGCCUCAAUUCACUCCUUGUUCCCUAACUCCUGAAAGCAGCAGUUCAUUAAAAUCACUUUGUACACCUGAGCACGUGAGAAGACAGCUGUCAACCAGCGUUAGACGUGAAAACCAAGAGAGGUUCACAGAGGACAUGGCCCACCAUGUAAACAGACGGCGGACACCCUCUCCACCACUCACCAGGUUUACACCUGUGCACAUUAUAGCCCCUGAGAAACCAUACAGACAGUGGCAGAACAGAAGCCGUAGCCCCUCUCAGGUUGUAGGAUCCUCACCGAGUGGUAAUUUAAAGAAAGCGGUGACAAAUAGGGAAAGCCCCAAUGUUGACCCUGUUGACAAUAAUAGCCAGGCCCACUGGGUCAGGCUAGGAACGCAAUUGGAGAUGGAGAAGGAAAUGCAGCUGGAGGAGGAUAGAGAGGUAGGUAGGGAGAGGCAAAUGGAUAGAGAGAUGGAGAGAGAGAGAAAGAGGGAGGAGCGGCUUCCUGAAAAGGGGAAGGGGUGGCAGGGGGACACCAGUUACAGGGGAGAACAGGUUGAGCUGUCAUUCAAUGCCAGGAAUAGAAAAGGGCCUGCAAGUCGCAGAGCAGCUCCCACAAGCAGAGAGACCCGUCAGGGACUGCCAACAGUGCAUUCCUAUUCAGAGGGCUUGCUUGCCACCAGACAGCUACAGCAACAACAAAGUCUGCUUAGACUUGCUUCACAACAAGACACCAGGGGUGGUGGUUCCAGCAGACGGCUUCAACAUCCUGCAUCCCAGAAGAAGAACAGUGGUCCUGGACGCGUGUCCAUAAACAGGCCCUGCCAGAGUUCCAGCUCCAGCAUGGGAAGUGAGCUUGAUGAGGCAGACAAUGAGGUGAAGUGGUUUACAGACUUGGCUUUCAGCAGCCUGUCAAGCCCUGAGGUAGAUUACCUUGAUAUGUACAACUCCAGUCACCGUUCAUCUACCAACAUUUCUCAACCAUCUACGCAGGAGAGCCCAGCUGGGCUCAAUGCUGCUUGGCUGGCCUAUGCUGACUUCAGGGGUUCUGCUCCAAAGUUGGACAAUGAUGAACUCUCCUUCCAUCAACCAUCUGCAUACUACUCAGAUGGCCUAGAUCCAUCAAGGCGCUAUGAAAUGGGCAGCUUUGAGUGCGUAGAUGUGGCUGUGGAAAGAGAUGACUCCAGGAAGGUGAGAAGAGGAGUGCCAAAGAGACAGAUCCAGCUGAAGAGAAAGGAUAAUGCUGAAGGGACGCAGGAUGAGAGCAGUGAAAAUAGUAGUCCUGGAGUACCAGUGAUGGUGGACAGCCCCUCUCUAGAGAGAAACUCCAGAGAGACAUUCGUGAGACAACACAGUACACCAGCAGCAAUGCAAGAAUGUUACCCUUUUGAGCACAACCUUGAGCCCAGUCAACAAAAUGAAAGAAAAUCCAGACUCCAGAAAUCUGCUUCUCUGGAUGAAACAUGCACUAAAACCAAGAUGGCCUCUUGUCUCAUCAAGAGUGUGUUGUCCAAGAGGAUGCAAAGUGGUGAUAAACAACCUGAUGAGCAGGCAGAACAAAAAGUGAGCCCCACUUCUGAGGAAAACAGCCCAUCACCCGAGUCCCCAAAACCUGACAUUCAUAAUCUGAGUUCCAGUCUUCCGUCAGAUUAUAGUCUUUCAUCUGAGGGGCUAUCUGUGAGAGGAGAACAAAGCGCAAAGGACGAAGCCAAACCACCAAAGAGCUUUGGAGUGAGAUCCAAUAACAGGCCAAGUUCAUCCAGCAGCAGCAAAAGUGUUAACUUUUCACAAACUGAGAGUGAAGAAGCUGAUUCUCAAAGAAGGAAUUCAACAUCAUCAAGAUCUGAAAUGAGAUCAGAACUGAAAGUGCCACUUGAUAGUAAACGGUCAAGAGCUGAAGUACAACAAGCAAAUGACAGUAAAACAUGGGACGGAAGGGAGGGGGAUGAGUCAGCAAAUGCCACUGCCGGGAACACAGGAGCUCCUUCUGCCACUGGAGCCAGCAGCACGCAGGCCAGGGCGACAAAUAGAGACCAGGAAUGUGAAAACACAUUGGACCAUAAACAACCACAACAGGGUGACAAGGGUGGCUACACAUCAAAAACACAAGAGAUUACACUCAAAAGCAAAAAGAAAGCCUCCCUAAAUGUUUGUCUCACACCUGAAGCAGAAAACAAAACUUAUGCUUCUUCACCAGACAUGUCUUUCAGAGAGAAGGAGGAAAGGGUAGACACCAGUGUAGAGAAAACAGAGGAAGAAGAAGGGAAUGUUAAGGUCCCCAUUCACAAAGUUAGAGAUGUGAGGCGACUUGUAAAAAAUACAUAUAAUCUGUCCUUCAAGGCAACUAGUGCUGUAAUACCAUCACAUGUCAAUGAGGAAAGAAUGGAACAUUUUAAUGAGAAAAAAAGGGAAGCAAUAAAAGAGAAAAGGAGAGAAGAGGUCAUUGCAGGGGAAGAGACUGUGUUAAGGCAAGAGAUAAGGAGGGAGGAGGGGAGUUCAGAGAGGGAAGAGGAGUUCAGAGUGGAGAGGAAAGAGGAACCAAAAGAGGAGGUAAAAGACUCAAAGCUGCAGACAUCCUCUCCGUCUCCUCGGAGCAAAGUAAAUCCCUUGUCUCGUCCACAGCCAAUGCAAAUAGAAUACAAGGCUGUCUGCUGGAAAGAAGACAAAAAUAAAAUGUUCUGCAGCACAAAAGACUCAGAGAAUCCAGGUGGCAAACACCAGGCAGAUCCAAAGCAUGUCAUCGAGGUAAGCAGAGAUUCACAGAAGUCCUUGAAUGCAGAUACACAGAAUUACAAAACAGGAGACACUGCAACUGCCAUGCCAUGUCAACAUGACCUAAACAUGGCAAGAGAAAAACAAGAGACUAUGAUAGAAAUGCAUAAAGUGCCCGACAAUGAGGACAAACCUGUGGUGGUUAGAACAGACAGAAAACCUCCCAUUCUUGGAAGUCUCCCCAAACUGCCCAGUAAGGAAAGAGAGGUGUCCACUGCUGUAGUGUUAAUAAAGGAUGGAUCCAGCAAGACCAAGACAUCUCCAGCCCAAGAAGAGAUUCCCACCCCACUCCAGGCUCCAGCUGCUUCACCCUCACCUAGGCCCACUACCCCUGGCAGCACCCCUGGUAGCAGCGGUCAUUCAGUUUCCAUGUUAUUAAAGGAGAAAGGCUACCAAGCUGACAUCGGAGCAGUGGUGGGUGACAACCAGAAUGCAGCUGGAGGUAAAGGGGUUCCCCGUAAGCAUGUAAACUGCCUAGAGAUCCCCCUUCAGACCAUCACUCCUUCAGAUGGAAGUCAAAUCGAGUCUCAUAGAGAGAGGACAUUCUCCUCCUCAUCUACCACGUCUGGCCCUUCAGCAGUGUCUGACAACACAGACACCCUUACAAAGACCAGAGAAGAUGAGGGAGGGAGCAUUAAGCCUACUGUAAAAGACACAGCAAAGCAAAAACGUUCUUCUCCACUAAGGAAUAUGCUGGAGCAAACACCACCUCCCACCAAACAGAAGGAACUGGGAGAUUUUGAAGCUGUGAAAAGACAAGAUCCAACUUUCCCCCCAAAGUCCCCUGCGAUAAGGAGGUUCAGACCACAGCCAAUUGAGGUUAAGUCACUGUCUAAAGACAUACAGAAACAAGAGAUGCCCGCAAACUCUACAGGAAACAAUAGGCCUCAAACCAUUGAGGUCAAAUCUGUAGCUAAAAAUUUUCAAAAGCCAGUUGUGCCUCCAAAACCAAGUUGCAAAUUUAAACCUGCAGAUUUAGGAACAAUGCCUGAUGAAGCACAGAGACCAUCAGCAACAACAACAUCAACUGUAAAACCACAAGGUGAGGAUAGGUCUCAAACAAUUGUAGUGUCCUCACCUACAAUCUAUAGAAAGAUAUCCAAUGAGUCCACAACAACAUCAAACUAUACAAGAAAACUAGCUGUGUCUGCAGUAUCCAGCCUCAAACCUCCACCUUGCAAAACCACAGCCACCCCCAUCUCCAAUCUCUCAACCCAGUUAACAACACCAUCAGAGACAGAGCCACCUAAUGAAAGGGUUCAGCAGCAAAAGCUAGGGGCCUCCUCUCAGAGCUCUAGUUAUACACAAAGACCCACAACUUUAGCGAUAGCCCUAACAUCGGGCUCUAGCCCAAGUUUAACCUCAGGUCCAGGUCCGGUUUCUGACCCAAAAACGAACCCUGUCCAAACCCAAGUCUCAGCCGACGCUAACAAGCCAAGCCAGCCAGCUGUUGUGGAUCCAGAUACCCAACCACAGUAUCCCAGGACUGCAUAUCCUCAUGAACAAGCUAUGCCGGUAACUUCAAACUAUACAAAACAACCAGCUGCUGUUUCCACAACACAAGUGCCAGGAUACACACACCAGCCAUACCACAGAUCACUAGCCAGUGAGCGCUCCCAAAGGACAGAUGAGCUGCGUUUUUAUGCCUCAGAUGACCCUCCAAGCUACGAUGAAAGAGAAAGCUUUAGUCCCCUCAUGCUCCCAGAUCUGACCCACAGGAGGUCAAACCGCUAUCAACCCUCCUCCCGCCCUCUUCCCUGCUCCUGCACAGCUGGCUGCCCUUCCCACCCUGGUCUGACCCCUCCUCACCAUCACCGCAGCCCCCAUAACCUUACCCCCCCUGCCCCUCCACACUCUCCAGGCCACACACUGCCUUACCCAGUGGCUCAGCCCUCUCUCCGUACCCACCAGUGCAGACCUGACCCUCAGCAGAUGAGCUACCAGCUCAGCUCUCCCAAAUCCAGCCCUCUUGGUCCAAGCCAGCCACCGGCCAUGUACCAGCCUCUCCACCAACCUCCUCCCUGCCCUCCCCACCCAUCACUCAUGCAGGCCUGCCCUGCAGACCGCCCAUUGCAGCCACCACAGCAUACUGACCCUCGACGACCCCCUGUACAUAGAUCCCCCCAGCAACAGCCACCAGGAAUGGCUGGGGCUCCUUACAGUGAAACUGGCCACAGCCACUCUCCUGGCCUUCCUCCUAUGGAUCCCCAGUACCUAUGUGGCCCUCAAAGCCUGGGGCCUUCGUAUGGCUCUGAAUAUGGGGGUGACGGCUCCAGUUUGUACUCAGAGAGUAGCUAUGGACAAACACCUCGCAGAGUUCUCCUGGAUCCUGAGACAGGGAAGUAUUUUUAUAUUGAGGUGCCUGUACAACCACUGAGGAAAAUGUUGUUUGACCCAGAGACUGGUCAAUAUGUGGAAGUGCUCAUCCCACAGCAAGCAAUGUCACAUUCAGGCCUUUAUCCUCCUUCAGCAGCUCCCUACGCAUCUCUCCACAACCCCAACAUGUACGCCCCUGCUCCUCAGUACGUGCCCUAUGCAGCUCCUCCUCCCCCAGCUCAUCCCCAGCCUCAGCCCCAGCCUCAGCCCCAGCCACCCCGAUAUCCUGAGGCCUCUGCUGCAGCAACAAUGCACCCAAGUGGGCCUGGGGUCAGUUACAGGAAUUCCUCUGGUCAGGUGCCCAAGCCAGAGACACAGAACCAUCCACCACUGGACCAGAGCUACCUGGAGAGUAUGUAUUAUGUGCCUACAGGGAUGAAUGCGAGCCCCAAUCCCACCCCACCAGACUAUUACCACAAACAUCCCCCCAACCUACCCCCAACAGGGGGGAAAAGAUCCUGAAAUAGAGGAUAGAGGCCGCCUUCCUGGAGCCUGAUGGGUUUUAAAUACACAGUGUAUAAAGGGGGUGCCUAAUGUUAGCCUGUAAUGUUAUUUGAGUUUUCACAUUGCAACUGAAGACAGCAAUUCUUUGGUUGUUGUUUAUUUGCUUCUGCUUGUUCUGUGCUAGGCUGCUUUAAUAGACAAUGAAACUGUUAUUGAGUUCAUAGUUUUGAAAACACAAGAGAGUAAGCCUUUUUUAUGAGGUGUUUUUAAGAAAUAUAGAAUGAUCUAUUAAUGUUUUUGUCAUUUUUUGAUGCAGGGUAAGAACAUAAUACUGUAAGUUCAUCAGUAAUGCACAGGCACUAUAAAUCAAUAGGUUUACUGAUAUACUAAUGUGUGUACUUUAACAAAGAAUAUCACCAAAACACUUGAAAAUUCUGUUUUAAAAGAACCUCAUAUUUAUUUUAUUAUUGUGUUUCUCUAAUCUUGGAUGAGUGUGUUUAUGCACAUGAUGUCUGCAUCAACAGUGCCAAUAAAAUAUGUCACCAAUG